AACAAUCGCGCAGAGCAAGUCUCUAUCCCGACCUCCGAUGGAGACCCAAACUUCAGCCGCCUCGGCGGAGCAUCACGUGACACGUGACCAGCGGCAAGCCCUAGCGGAGUCGCACUAAGCGAAGUCACCCGCACGGAUUCUGAACCCCAUCACCGCAAUUCGAAUAACAGGAAGACGACGACAACUUCACCACACUCCCCUUCCCGACACCGAUCAGGGCCAUUCGAUCACCAUGGCUUCCGUCCCGAGUGUGCAAUGCUUCGGCAAGAAGAAGACGGCUACCGCUGUCGCCCACUGCAAGCAAGGCAAGGGUCUCAUCAAGGUCAACGGCCAGCCCCUCUCUCUGGUCCAGCCUGAGAUCCUCCGCUUCAAGGUCUACGAGCCUCUCCUCAUCGUCGGUGCCGACAAGUUCGCCGGUGUUGACAUCCGUGUCCGCGUCUCCGGUGGUGGUCACACUUCCCAGGUCUACGCCAUCCGUCAGGCUAUCGCCAAGUCCCUCGUCGCCUACUACCAGAAGUACGUCGAUGAGCACUCCAAGAACCAGCUGAAGCAGGCUCUUGUCCAGUACGACCGCACACUCCUCGUUGCCGACAACCGUCGCACGGAGCCCAAGAAGUUCGGUGGUCGCGGUGCCCGCGCCAGGUACCAGAAGUCCUACCGUUAAACGGCCUUCGAAUCAAAAAAAGACCCAUUUUACGGACGACCGACGGGAAUACAAAAAAGGACGCGGAAUGGUAUCUAUCAGGUGUACUGGGGAGGAGAUUUGGAGCGUGCUCCCAGGGCAAUCGGUUAUGGUUCGGAUCUGGUUGUCGCUGGGGUGGAAUUGUUAUGGUGCGAUACUACUGGCUCUGUCGAUGCUGGAUUUAGUAUAGGCCAGGUAUCUCAAAUAUCACCCAAUAUUUUUUUUCCUGUUCAGAGAAAAGAGCCAUCCGGAUGUUAUCCUAUGUUAUGUCGUUGGGUUUAAUUUUUUGUGGUUGUUUUAACGGUUUCUGGACAGCUGGAAUACAUUUGAUGUCACGUGACCAGGACUUUUGCCAGAAAAUGCAAGAUUACGACUUCAACUGAGAUGAUCAGAUAUUGUCUUGGUUAGUAGGUAGUAGCAGUAGGUGGCUCAGCUUACCACCACUGCUACUACUAACGCGCUG